AUGGAUAGCAAAGUUGUUCCUACACUAUCUCAAGGAGAAGAAGUAGAAAAUGAGCCUAAGGAGAGGCUAAAACCAGAGAGAUAUAGUAGGGAAUCAAGAAGAGCUUACAAGAGAAGACUUGAAGGCAAGCCACUACAAAAGAAAGAAGAUCCGGGGAAGUUUGUGAUCACUUCAAGUAUCAAUGGCUUCCAACUCCAUGAUUGCCUAUGUGAUACUGGUGCUAACGUGAAUCUAAUGUCUCUUGCACUUGCAAAAGACUUGGGAUUCAAGGAAUUCAAGAGCCCUAAGAUAAGAGUUGAGUUCGCGGAUCUAUCAUGCAUGGAACCUUAUGGAAUGCUUGAAGAUGUUAUGCUGGAAAUAGGAGGUCGAUUUUUCCCAACUGACUUUCAAGUCAUGGUUUGGGAAGGCUCAAAGAGGAAUCAACUGAUUCUUGGAACCUCAUUCCUUGCUACAGCCGGAGCGAUCCUUAAUUAUUUUGGGAACCAUCUAUCGUUUGGCUACAUUCGGCAAGAUGUCUUCUUCCCAAGCAUCAACUUCAGGUCAGUGGCAAGUGAAACCAAACUACAACUAGAAGAGGCCACUCUCAUGCCUAAGAAAGAAGCCAUGCUGCAUGGAGAAAGAAGGGAGAGUGAGCGCUACCCGAAACAAAAGGAGAAGAAAAAACCAUUGGAGCCGAGGCAUGAAAAUGUCUUCAAGGAUAUAAGCUUGAUGAUAGGAUUUGUGUGUGGUGUGAAAUGA